CCCAGUGUGCGGGGAGAAAGUUCCUUGUUUCACAGGAUAAAUCUCGCUGCUGCUGCUGCAGGAACGUGUCUCUGCCCCCUGCAGACGAGCCCGGGGACGCUUUAUUUUCUGGUCUUCUCCAACAAGUGGGCGCCUCUGCCCCACGGACGCUGGGAAACAGGCUCUUCCUCGCCCAGCCUGGCGGGUUGCAAUGAGGGGACUAGGCUAGCCUGCUGGUUUCUCAGGACCAUAGUGAUGGCUGAAGUUGGUCUCUGGGAGCCCACUGCAGGUUCAUACUACCUUCCUAGAGUGAUGUGGAGCCAGUGAGUCAACCCCUGUCUGGGUCCUCUGCCUUUGCUGGGGCCUGUGCUGAGGCCAGCAGGAUGGGGAGCAGUGGCUCGGCACUGAAGGUCUGUACUGAUCACCGAGGAGGCAUCAACUGGCUCAGUCUGAGCCCAGACGGGCAGCACCUGCUGACGGGCAGUGAAGAUGGCACUGCACGUCUCUGGAGCACAGCAGAUAGCCAGUGCCAUGGCCACUUCCAAGGACAUGAAAGCUACAUCACCUUUUGCCACUUAGAAAAUGAGGUUGCAUUCACAUGUAGUGCAGAUCACACAAUUAGAAAGUGGGACGUGAUGACAGGCCAGUGUCUGGCCAUUUACCGAGGGCACACAUCAAUUGUCAACAGGAUCCUGGUUGCCAAAGACUAUCUAUUUAGCGGCUCCUAUGACAGGACAGCUCGGUGCUGGAGUGUGGACAAGGAGAAGCAAAUCCAGGAAUUCCGGGGCCAUCGGAACUGUGUUCUGACUUUGGCUCACUACUCCUCCAGGGAUGUUCUUGAUGAGUCGGAGGAGGAGCAGGAGAAACUGAGCAGAGACUUCCUGGUGACAGGAAGCACAGACUGCACUGUUAAGGUCUGGUGGGUGUCGAGUGGGCGUUGCUAUCAGACUCUGCUAGGGCACACUGGGGCUGUUUUAUGCCUUAUACUUGAUGCUCCAAAUAGGGAGUUAUUUUCUGGCAGCACAGAUUAUACCAUCCGAACAUGGAAUAUUGUGACCGGCGAGCAGUUAAAAGUGUUCAAAGAGCAUCAAGGAUCGGUUAUCUGUCUAGAGCUGGUGAAUCGAUACUUGUAUUCGGGAAGUGCAGACAAGACGGUGAAGUGCUGGUUAGCAGACACUGGGGAGCAAGUCCAAACAUACAAGACUCACAAACACAGCGUUAGCACUUUGAAAUACCAUGCAGGAAUCUUGUUUACAGGAAGUGGUGAUGCCUGCGCUCGAGCUUUCAAUUCAAAGACAGGCGUCCUGCAGAGGAUCUUCCGAGGACACAAGUUCAUCAUCAACUGCAUUCAGAUUCACAAUGAAUUAUUGUACACAGCUUCCCACGAUGGCACGCUAAGGAUCUGGGACGUACAAGGAAUCUGCAAGCGAAACAAGCAUUGCCUGAAGAAGGAGCGGUCUGUCCCGGGCAAGAGCUCUCAGAAGGGAAGUCUGUCUCGUCUUUUCAAUAACAGAGUUGGCUGCACAGUGCAACAGGAGAAUGGGGAACUUGAGGCUGUUGAACUAAUGUGAUUGCCCGGGACAAACUUUCUGUCAAAGAGGAAAAACUGAGCCAUCUUCUGUGCCCUUGGGUGCAGAUAAGCCAGAUCUUGGAAAGAGGUGGGAAAUUACAUUGCCCAAAGUGUUCAAUCAAGAGUUCACAUUCAUGUGAAUCAUGAAACUGACUCUCUUCAGAAUAUUACUGAUGUCUCACAGCAUCUCAUAGUACAUUGUAAUGGAAAGUAAACUUGAGUGGAUGAC